AUGAAAGCAAUCGAUGGUUUGAUUGAUUGUAUUCAAAGGUUCGACUCAUGUUGGUCAACUAUAGCCAACAAAGAUGAUAAUUUGAAAAAUCCAAGUUUCGAAGAGGAGAUUAUAGAAGAUUCUCAACCAUUGUCUCCAAGUUUACUUUCCAACUUGCCGAAAAAAAGAAAGAAAACUGCUGAAAAGGCAACUCAGUGUGAAGAAUGUUUCGUCAAUUACAAACGAACAUCCGAGUUCGAAAUAGAAGUGAAUGUCGAUGCACUCCAACCUCCGAGAUUUAUCUGUGAACGGCCUUCGGAUAUUAGAAACGAAUAUUUUGCUAGUUUGGUUGCAUUUGAAUUGGAAAAAAUAAGGCCUGAAGAAAGAUCAUAUGUCUAUGGGCAGAUCAUAAAUACGAUCAGGAGUUGCCGUGGCGAAAAUGAAUUUCCGUGA